AGGUGUGGAGAUUUCCGGAGAUCGUUUGUUUAUGGACAGUAUUUAUAUCUUCACCGACUUGGGGGUGUAGCAGAAUCGUGCAGUUUCCCCCUACAUCGCCGCAGCAUGUCUCAGGCUCGAGUUACUGAUUUCUUUUGCCAGAGAAAGAAAGGCAUCGCCGGUCCAGUUAAACCAGCCAAGCAGCGCGGCUCUAACGCUGCCAGCACACGGUCAAGAUCCACUAAAAACAAAGACGCUCUCAUCUGUUCCUCUUCCAUCCAUGAAGAGUUUGUCCGGGUUAUCGACGAGGCAGUGGGGCUAAACGAUGCAGAGUCUACUCACAGCGCGAAAGACUCGCCCUCCAGUCCCCGGACACCGAAGCGGACUUCGGCGGACACGGAGUUUGACCUCGGGGCGGCCGUGUUCUCAGCCACCGCCGACCACAGCACGGCCAAGAAGAGACGGCAAGCGGAGGCCGCCAGAGACGCUGAAGCUCACGUUCCAGAGAAAGCGACGAGGAGGAAGGCCAGGAAGAAGCUGGUCCUCCCGAAGGACACCCCACAGGCUGCAGCCCAGCCCCUGCCCAGGGAGGUGACCCCGCAGCCCCAGGCCCCUGCAGCCACCUUGUCUGGACACAACCCGGAGAACCAUUUUAACUUUCACACCAACAGCUCCCCGCAGAGGGGUCAGGCCAUCAGCAAGAACCUGGGAGGAAAGGCCAGCAAGGCUCUGUGUAAAGAGGACAUCGCAACCCUGAAGUCUCGCCUUCAGAGGAUCAAGAAACACGCAGAGGAAAUAACCAGCACCGCUUCAGUUUCCACAUCCCCCUCUUGCGCCUCUCCCCCUGGUCCAGCACCAAACAACAAAGCUACGUCCCCCACCUCUAAUGCCAGGACCUUCAAGUUCACUGUAGCGCGAGCCAAUGAGCUCGCAGCUAAAGCUCAGAGGAGGAAGGAGGAGAGGGAGGCCGAGGAGAGCAAGCAGAGUGAGACACCAACCCAGGACAGUACUGAGCAGCCAGCAUACCAGCGGUACCACACCCUUGCCCAGGCGGCCCCCCCUGGUCUCUCCUUGCCAUACCACUACAAGGUGCUGGCUGAGAUGUUCAGGAGUAUGGACACUGUGGUCUCCAUGCUGUACAACCGCUGUGAGACCGCCACCUUCACCAAGAUCAAACAGGGAGUUCAGGACAUGAUGCACAAGCGGUUUGAGGAGAGCCACGUGGGGCAGAUAAAGACCGUCUUUCCUGAGGCCUACACAUUUAGACAGGAGAAAAACAUCCCAACCUUCAACAGCAGCAUUAAAAAGGGCAGCUACCAGCUCACCGUGGAGCCCGUCAUUGUCUCUGACCAGAAUGAAGCUCGUCCUCUUCUGUCGGCCUCUCGUCUCCUUGAAAGAAGACAGAUCUUCCACCUGAACCUGGUCUCCAUUGUCAAACAGCACCACAAGGUCUUCCUGUCCACGCUGGUUCCUCUGGUGUCUGUUCCAGAAGACAAACUGACCCGCUGGCACCCUCGCUUUAAUGUGGACACUGUGCCAGCCGUCCAAGCUAGCUCACUCCCUCUGCCUCCUCAUACCGAGAAACUGGCCACAGCUCAGGAGGUGCUGGACAAGGCCCGCUUACUCAUCACACCUAAGAUGGAGAAGGCUCUGCUUUCUCUGGCUCUGAAGACAGAAGAUAAAGCUGCGGAGAGUAAAGGGUCAACAUCUCCACACAACCAAACCAUCCCCCAAACAUCAGCUCCAUCAUCGGCUCCAUCAGCAGCCCCUGCAGCUCAAGUCCCAACUGCCCUGAAAGGAGUGUCCCAGUCCCUGCUGGACAGGAUUCGGGCAAAGGAAGCCCAGAAGCUCCAGGCAGCCAUGACUCGAAACCCCGCCCAGGAGGAGCGCCUGCUGAUGAUGUCAAGGCUCCCCGAGCUGGCCAGAAUUGUCCGGACUGUUUUUGUUGCAGAGAAGAAACCUGCUUUAAUAAUGGAAGUGGUCUGUAACAGGAUGGUGGCCAGCUACAGAUCUGCUCUCAGCACAGGUGAAAUGGAGAAACAUAUCCGUCUGCUGGCAGAAGUGGCUACUGACUGGCUGACUAUUCAUCCAAUCAGGAAGGACUUCUACCUGAAGCUGAACAAGAACAUGGAGCUCCACGUUGUUCUGGACAAACUGAGCAGCAGACUCAGGGAGGAGGAGAGACACUGAUACCUCACCUCCCUCAGGGCCAUGCGGCACAUAGAUUCCUUGUUUUAAAGUGCCAACUUUUUUUAUUUUUAUUAUUUGAGUGAAUCUCACUGGUUUGUUGGCAUCAGACACGUGUCUGACAUUUCAGACAGUGUGUUUUGUGGUGUGCCCUGUGGUGUGCCCUGCGUUCUAAUCUGUCAAUGUGACAAUCGCUGAUAGACGGAGCUCGAGGACAGUGAUAUGUCCCAUAACCCUGGGGCCACUUGGGACUGACCAGACCUAGUCCUGGUAUUUCAAAGACUGUCCUGUGUUGUAAACAGGUUGUUUUAAACACACUUGUUAUAGUGAC